CCCAGUUAGUGCAAAAUGCAGAGAGAUAGAGUUUAGUUUUUUUCUUUUUUUUUUAAGAGAGAGAAAGAAGAUCUGAGUUGGGAUCACUGAGUCGUGGGAACGAGUUAGAUCACUUCUUUUCAACCUGAGCCGUCAAACAUUCAAAAAAGAAGAAAGAAACAAAGAAAGAAAGAAAGAAAGAAGAAGAAGAAGAAGAUCCUGGCCGUUAGAUCCCAUCUCAGAUAACUCAUACCACCAUUCGAUUGUUCACCCCUCUCUUUCUCUCUCUUCUCUGCCAAAGCUCAAUUUUGAGCUUAAACCUAAGAUUCUAAAGAAUCAGAGGGAGAGAAAGAGAGGGCUUUUCGAACCCCAAUUUGUUUUCUUGUUGAUGUUCAGCUUUGAAGUUCUGUAGUAACUCAACUACUUGUGAUGGAGCUUAGGGUCAGGUGGCGGAAGUGGGUGUCAGUGAUUGAGCAGCAGAAUAGUUUGAAGCUUUGACAAUCGUGAAGGGUUCUUGUUGUAGUUUGAAUUUGAACUGAAUGCUUUUAUGGGUUGGCGCUAAAUUCUUUUAUAGGUAAUUUCCAGGGCUUAGACAGUUUUAAAAAUCCAAAAUUUUGGCAUUGGUCUCAAACCCUGUAAGUUAUUUCUGGUUCUUGCUAGUGUGUAGCUGAAGAUAGAGUAAAAACUUUUCCAAUUUGAGUUCAACAUCUUGAUUUUCAUAGAAGAUGGAAGUGACUUUUCUGGCUUAGAAACGAAGAAAUAUAUAAAAUUAAGCAGAAUCAAUGGAAGAUUUAUCCAAGUAUGCUCAUAGUCCAGUUCAUUUAGCUGUAGCUCGGCGAGACUAUGCCACUCUCAAGCGCAUUAUCUGUGCUCUGCCUCAGCUUGCCAAGGCCGGUGAGGUCAACACUGAAGAUGAAUCUCUUGAGGCAGAGAUUCGAGCUGAUUCUGUUUCAGCUGUCAUUGACCGACGUGAUGUUCCUGGCCGUGAGACUCCUCUGCAUCUUGCCGUACGUCUCAGGGAUCCAGUUUCGGCUGAGAUACUAAUGGCUGCUGGUGCAGAUUGGAGUCUUCAGAAUGAGAAUGGUUGGAGUGCUCUCCAAGAAGCGGUAUGCACAAGAGAGGAAGCAAUUGCUAUGACUAUUGCUCGGCACUACCAACCUCUUGCUUGGGCCAAAUGGUGUCGCAGACUUCCCCGUAUUGUGGCAUCUGCAGCACGAAUUCGCGAUUUUUACAUGGAGAUAACGUUUCAUUUUGAGAGCUCAGUUAUUCCUUUUAUUGGCCGCAUUGCGCCUUCUGAUACUUAUCGCAUCUGGAAGCGGGGUUCUAAUCUCCGUGCUGAUAUGACCCUUGCUGGGUUUGAUGGAUUUCGCAUUCAAAGGUCUGAUCAAACGUUUCUGUUUCUUGGAGAAGGCUACACUUCGGAAGAUAACAAUGUGAAUUUGGCACCUGGUACUUUAAUUGUUCUUGCCCACAAAGAAAAGGAAAUUACUAAUGCUUUGGAAGGAGCUGGUGCCCAACCAACAGAACAAGAAGUUGCCCAUGAAGUGGCCUUGAUGUCACAGACAAAUAUGUAUAGGCCUGGGAUUGAUGUAACUCAGGCUGAGCUUAUUCCCCAUCUAAACUGGAGGAGACAGGAGAGGACUGAGAUGGUUGGAAGCUGGAAGGCUAAAGUUUAUGAUAUGCUUCAUGUUAUGGUUAGUGUGAAAUCAAGAAGGGUUCCAGGUGCUAUGACUGAUGAGGAGCUCUUUGCCGUGGAUGACGAAGAAAGGACAGCCAAUGGUGGCGAUAAUGAUGAGUAUGAAGAUGUAUUGACAGCAGAGGAAAGAAUGCAGCUUGAUUCUGCACUUCGUAUGGGGAACCCUGAUGGUAUUUGUGAGGAUGAAGAACAUGGGGCUUCUGAUGGCCAAGAAAAUGGUUCAGGAGGUGCCUAUGAAAAUGGUGAGUCUAAUGGUACUUCUAAGGAGAAGAAGAGUUGGUUUGGUUGGAAUAAAAAAGGUGGCAAGGCUAAUGGUGAUGAUUCUGAAGAUCCGAAGAAUUUGAAGAAGAUCUCAAAGUUAGCUCCAGAAGGUAGCAACCAGAAGUCACUUGAUCAUCAAAAACCGACAUCUGAAUCAUAUAGGGAGGAUUCGGGGGAUGCCAAGAAGGGAAAGGAAAAAAACAGCAGAAAGAAGAAGAAGAAAGGAGUGCCUGGUGAAACUAAGCAUGAGAGUGAGUACAAGAAGGGUUUAAGACCUGUAUUGUGGUUAACUCCUGAUUUCCCUUUAAAGACAGAUGAGCUUCUGCCUUUAUUAGACAUUUUAGCUAACAAAGUCAAGGCUGUUAGAAGACUAAGGGAGCUUCUGACUACCAAACUUCCACUCGGCACUUUUCCUGUUAAGGUUGCCAUUCCUAUUGUGCCGACCAUAAGAGUCCUAGUCACUUUUACAAAAUUUGAGGAGCUACAGCCAAUGGAGGAGUUCUCAACACCUCUCUCCAGUCCAGCACAUUUUCAGGAUGCCAAAUCGAAAGAAUCAGAAGCAUCUUCUUCAUGGAUUUCAUGGAUGAGAGGAAGCCGAGGUGGGCAAUCAAGCGAUGGCGAAAGCCAUCGGUUUAAAGAUGAAGUCGACCCUUUCCACAUACCAUCAGAUUAUACUUGGAUUGAUGCCAAUGAGAAGAAACGCCGGAUGAAGGCCAAGAAGGCCAAGAGCAAGAAGCAUAAAAAACACACAGCAGCCAGAGCUGCUGAUGGGGGACAAGGACAACAGCAGGUGAGUGAGGAUGUGGAAGAGUAAUUGCCAUUAAAGACUUAAAAUUUGUUACUUUACCAAAUACCCAAUUUGAAGAGCUGACAACAGAAAAAGGAGGUAAAAAAAAAGCAUAUUCUUUGUCCACAUCUGACUUUAUAUUCUUCCCUCUGAGUUUGUGUUGGAGGAUUUACAGGAAAGAAAGAAAGAAAGAAAGAAAAUCUCUUUGGUGAUCGAUCAGUUGGUGUUCAUUCGGAAAAGGGUUAUCUUAUUUUGUUGAAUUGUUAUGUGAUGUGAAAUUUGAGAGGAACAGGCUCCUCCUCUUUUAUUAAUAGCUUAUUGCGUCCUGAUUUUUUUCUUUCAACACGAAUCAUUGUAUCUAAAGUUUUUUCAUUUUUGUGAUUGGCAUUCUCCCCAGUUUGUUA